UAUUGAUUAAUAAAAUUCCAUUAAAUAAUACAUAUUUAAAUACUGAAUAUUGUUAUACUAUAUAGUUGAAAAUGUAAUUACUAAUUAAAAAUACCAUUAAACUAAAAAAAAUAUUAAAACAUCAUCAUAUUAAAUCAUCACAUAUAUAAAAGUGGUCAAAAAUUAAUGGAUAAUUGAAUUUGUUUUUUCCCCCACAAUUUAAAUAAUGAAUUCAUCUUUUAACUGUGUGUUGAAUUGAUUACUGUUUAUUUAAUUUCAGCACAAACAACCCCCCCAUACCAAAUGCAGCUUCCUUUGCCAUGUUACAAUAAUGAAGUAUUUCAUUGCAAUCAGUGACCAGUAGAGGAAGUCCAAACAACUCAGAGGGAUUCCCUUUAAAUGCCUAAGUAAAAGGGAGAUUUCAGCAAUUAUGGAAAAAGAAAACUUUAUCCAAGGUGAACAAAUGUGCCGUGUUACACAUUUGUCCACCAAAAUGUACAAACGCUCUUAUGUUUUAUCGUUUCCUCCGGUGAGUCAGCAUUGAUGUGUUAUUAUGAGGACUUAUUAGCGGCUACUGGAAGUAUUUGUACUUCCAGUGAAAAGAAUACAAAUGGAUCUCUCAUUUUUAAUAUUGUGUCUGGGAAAAUUAGAACACUAUCUCACGCAACGGUUUAUGAGAUGUAUUUGAAAUCACAAACUCGUGAUGACACGCUGGUUGCCAUGGCAGUUAAACAUUGACAAUCCGUGUGUGUGAGUGUGUUCACUUUAAGCCGAUUGUCACCCAUUAGAUGUGUUGGCGUCAAGCAUGUACACUGUGGGGAUUAUUAAUUACUGCACACACAAUAAACACAAUAAAUCCCACAAAUAUGACAGUGCUUAUUAAACACAGUUUCUUUCCAUAUUUUGUGUUAGGUAACACAUUCAAAUGCAUACAGUAUGUAAAGCACUGGAAAUAUGUGCCCAGAAUGUAAACAAUGCAAUAUAUCCUAUUCUAAAAACUAUACUGUGUAAUUUGUUCCUUUGCCAUGCUCUUAACUGAAAACACUCAUCUCAAAUCUUUCCCCGUUGAAAUGAAUUGUUAAUGCCAUCCGUUCCAGCCUCCAACAAAAUGUUGUAAUGUAUAUGUAAUCUUUAAUAAUAUACUUUAUAAAAACAUACAGUAAUGCUCAUUCUGGUGUGUGCACCUUGGCCACCUCGAGGCAGUAUCAGACAGACAUGCAGAUAUACUGCACUUGAGAAUCGCUCAUCUCUCGCCUUCUCAGUACAGCCGUAAUAUUAGUCGUUCUUUGCAGAGGAUAAAGAAUAUAUUCCCAUUGGUAUUGGUAUAUGGUUCGUCUAUAUGUGUUGCAGCUCUGCUUGUGUUCAGACCAGUGUAGCAACAGCACCACAUAGAUGCUAAUUGUUAGUCUGUGUGCCUAUGGAGUUUCCCAUUAUAUGCUAGCAUUAAGGUAGCAGAGUCUAUGUGGUUGCUUUAAAUCCACGACGUGUAAUUAUCUUUGUUUUAUGUAUGGUUCAACAUAACCUUCAGCGGAGAGUGGCAAUAAAGAGCUUGAAGCUUUUUUGAAGAAUAUUUACUAAUGUCGUCUGCCAAACCGCUGCUUCUUGUGAAGUCACUUGAGUUACCUGCCACCAUACAGCGCUAAACCCAACUCAUUUGAGUUCAUACUCUACAGUGUGCUCAGUAGUUUGUAAGGGGGAUACCACCAACUCUAGGGAGUGACGCACAUGACCAUAUACUAAAAUUUGAAAUGGUGCAACAAAAAAUGAAUCUAUCCUCAGCUUUUUAUACAGCUCCUGACCAAAAUCUAAUCACAAUUGAUAAUUUGCUUCUUCCUGCAAGAAGCUCCACAACGUUACGUGAAGUGACUCAAUUUAGUGUGUAUGGGACUCUACCAACUUUAGAAAUAAGGAAAUUGUAAAAUUGAACCCAACUGACCGACAAACCCACCCACCGACACCCCUAACCGACCCCACAGACCGACCCACUGACUGAGCCAACGACCGACCCACCGACUGAACCGCUGACCAACUGACCCUCUGAUCCACCGACUCACCCAUCCACCCACUGACUCACCGACUGACCAAUUGACUGAACGACCAUCUGCCCGACUGACCCCUAUCGACCGACCCAUUGACUGACCGAGCGACCGACACGCCCGCUGACUCAGAGACUGACCCACAGACCGAAUAACUGACCCACUGACACACCAACCCACUACCAAAACUCUGACUAAACGACCGACCGACCCAUCAAUUAACCACACUCACUCACUUCCCUAGUAGAAGUUGUUUCAAAACAAAAGAGCCGACUACUAGUUAAAUCGUGCACGGGUUCUUGAGAUUUUUUCAUGCGUUCUGUUUUGAACGACGUGUCCACCCACAUGUGAGGGGCUGAUUAUUAUUUUUUAUUUUUAUAUUAUUAUUAUUUUUUUUUAUAAAUUCCCCCCCAAGGCCUCCAAAAGGAUAAUCCAUUCCAAGUAGGCCUCAUUAAAAUGAAAAGUUCAGAAAUGUUCAGACAGUCUUGUUGGCCAUACUCCUGUACGGUAUCUCUGCUUGUGUGCUGAUUAAGAGGCAGAUGAACGUUUCCUCAAGCAGUUCCUGUCUUGUAGUCCGGCCUCAGGGGGGGCUACUGGAUCACGGCCCAUUUGUGGGGAUUUAUCUGUUUAAUAAGUGUUGACUAUUGUGCUGCACGCUGUCCUCUGGGCCACAUAAUGACCGUCUCCUGUCGUCACUAAAUACCCCGAUGCUGAGCCUAAAUGGCCUCGCGUCCAGCCUCCAUCCCGUCCCUCGCUCCCAUUAGCACCGUGGUAUCUUGCUCCAGGUCUCCCGAGGGUCGACAGCGUUUCGGCACAUGGUGUAUAAAAGACACUAGGCCAGGUCACUACCUUUCAUCGUGUACUAAAGAGGAAGCACGACACCUGUUAGUUCUUCAGAGCUUCUGGAAAGUCUUCUUCUUCCUUCCCUGACUGACAAACAUGGACACGGGUGCAGCAGUGACCAUUCUAGUAUUGCUGAUAACGCUGGCGGGCGUCAGCCACGGGAUUCACGUCGGAGGCGGUUCGGAGGACCGUGAAGAUACGGCGCCGGGCAGCUCAGAGGACAACAUGGACAACCAUUUGCUGGAGAUGGAGAGCGUCAAAGUGGACAGCAGCGUAGACAAUCGUCUGCUGACUGCGCUGCUCAGAGCUCUGUUGCUAGGCUCUCGCAGAGAAGUCCGGAACUCUGUCCUCCAUCAGCCACAGAGAUUCGGCCGCUCGUCCCGAGGGCCGCUCCUGUUGGAAGAUCACAUCAACUCGCCCGAGUGGGAGGAGGCUCCUGGCCAGAUCUGGAGUAUGGCGGUGCCCCAGAGGUUUGGCAAGAAAUAAUAGCCUGCUGCACGGAUGACGAGGGCGACCGCUGUCUAUGAGAAAUGAAACUGAAAUGGAAAAUCUGUUGUUUUGUCCUUGAAAUCAUAAAUGUAUUUAGCUAAAAAACAAACCUUUUUUUAUUUUUUAUUUUUACCAACAUAAAUGAUACUGAUUGGACUAAAUGCUCUCUGACUGAGGGCCAAAAAGUUGAACUUUUUAUUGAAUGAAACAUUUAAUUUGUUUUCUCUUCAAAUAAUAAUAAAGGAGCUUUGAACCCGGAGGAGUUUCAUUCAUACGU